GAUUUAUUUGGUGGGAAAAAAUAAAGAAUAAAAAUGGAAAAUAACAAUGAAUUAACAAUUAAUUGUUCCCCAGGAACUUUCAAAAAGAUUCAAGCAGAUGCAGAUUAUCGGCAGUGUGUAAUACAGCAAGUGGCCGGGGAAGAUACGUUUGGACAAAUAACGUUUUCCCAAAACGAACCAGACAUGUCUCUAUCUGAGCAGCCUGAUUGUGCAUAUCAGCAAAAUGUGGAUACGGCCUCUGGAGAAUCGCCAGAUUUAGCAAAGCCACUGUGGUUGGAUGCGCCAACGAGAUUUUUAAUCCAGAAGGUUAGGGAUUUACGUCCAAGGGUUGGAAAAAGUGCUUCGCUAAAAAACAAGAAGCAAAUGUGGAGUACAAUUAGCAAGGAACUUUGCGAAAUGCGCUACAUGUUUACGGCGGUGCAAGUUGAGACGAAAUUCUAUACCCUAGAACGGAACUACAAGCAAGCGGCUUCGAAUAACUCCAAGACGGGAAGGACUAGACAGUUCUGCGCAUAUCAAAAGUAA